AUGAGAGAGGUGUUUUCUGAAGUGGAUCUAGUGGACUCGGCUGUGCGUGGUAAGCUGAACUUGAAGGUUCUGUAUAGUAGUUGGCUUCAGAGGGUUCCAAUUGAUUUUGCAAAGGCAGUGUGGUGUAGACUUACUACCCCUAAGCAUCGUUUUAUUCUUUGGCAAUCGGUUCUUGGCCAUUUGCUGACUAGAGAUAAUUUGAUUCAGUGCCAGAUUUCUGUGGACUCUAGUCUGUGUCCAGUUUGUGAGAGAGUCGAGGAAACACAUCAUCAUUUGUUUUUCGACCGUAUCUUUUCUCAACAGGUUUGGGAGUUGACUAAACUUUGGUUAGGUUAUGGUAUAUGGCCUAAGCAGUUUGAUGAAUGGAAGAAGUGGUUAGAUGGGAAGCCUAAAAAUAUUAUGCAUCACAUUGCUGUAGCAUCCUUGGCAGCUGCUGUCUAUGGUAUUUGA